CGGCAGUAUCCGGGCCUCUCGCAGUCUUGGUCUGGCACACCAUGAUGCAGCACACCAGCGUCUGCCGUGAGCUGGCCUCACGCAACAUCAAACUCGGCCUGAAGACCUGCCAACUGGUGCUGUCAUUGGGCUGCUUUGUGGGAAUGGUGCUGUCGCCACAGCAGCCGGCAGAACCUGCUCUGUUCUUCACCACGUUCGGUGGCUACAUCAUCAUCUGUGCAGUCUCCAUCGUUGGCGUCGUACGGCGAGCAUUAAUGCCAAAAAUAUGUGAUAUAUCAUUCUCUCUGGUGGGAGUGGUCCUGAACUGGGCAUCUGGUGGAAUUCUGAUAGUUGAAAAUCGGGUUGAUGAUCACAUGCAAGUAACAAUGGCAUGUGGUGCUACUGCAGUGAUUAACUCCUUUGUUUUCCUUGCUGAUGCUAUUAUUGUCUAUAAGGACAUUGCACCUUACCCGCAGUACUAACAAUCUAGUUAUUUCAUAAAAAUGUACACUGAUUAUUGUGUGUGUGACAGUGAAACAAUAUUUCAUCAUUUUCAUACAACUUUUUUUAGUUGUGAUAUCUCAACAAUUUUAUUCUUGUCUGAUCACAUCUUACAAUGUUUUUUAAUAAAAUAAAAUAAUACAAAAAUA